GUGUCGGCACCAAAGCAGUCUCGAUCUGCCCUGACGCUGCCUGGUCUCAAGCACGCUCUCGUACUCCGAUGACAGUUCGGUGAUAACAAGUGAUAUAGCUGAUCAGUGGGGCUCGCUCACUUUCCGCGAUCGUUCACGUUUGAGAAGAUUUUUUCUGAACUCCCGAAGCGCGGUCGUAUCGACCAGCUGUAAUAAUCGCCGCUGUUCCCCCAAAAGGAAUUAAGGACUUUUUUUGUAUUCGAGGAGAAUAUUUAGUUCAAGAUGCCAGCCGAUACUAUGGAGAAACCAACGGGAUCUCCCGUCGCAGGGGCCCCAGCCACUGCGUCCCACACCCCGGACAAACCCAAAAAUGCCAGUGAGCAUAGAAAGUCAUCGAAACCAAUUAUGGAAAAACGUCGGAGAGCAAGGAUUAACGAAAGCCUCGGACAACUCAAGACACUUAUCCUCGAUGCACUUAAGAAAGAUAGUUCCAGGCAUUCUAAACUGGAGAAAGCCGAUAUUCUGGAGAUGACAGUGAAGCACUUGAGGAACCUACAGCGGGUCCAGAUGACCGCAGCGCUGACAGCCGAUUCUACAGUCCUGAGUAAAUACCGUGCGGGAUUCAACGAAUGCAUGAACGAGGUCACCCGCUUCUUGUCCACCAGCGAGGGGGUGAACACGGAGGUGAGGUCGCGGCUACUCAACCACCUGUCCGGCUGCAUGGGGCAGAUGAUCGCCAUGAACUAUCCCCAGCAGACACAACAGCAGUCUCACCUCUCGCAGCCCCUCCACGUGCAGCUACCCUCCACCCUGCCUAUCAACAGUGCCUCCAUGGGUUCCAAACUCAGCCCCUCCGAAGCCCUCUCCCCUAAAGUCUUCGGCGGGUUCCAGCUCGUGCCCGCCACGGAUGGACAGUUCGCAUUUCUCAUACCCAACCCCGCCUUCAGCUCCGCCACGACUCCCGUAAUCCCUCUUUACGCGAACGCGGGUGUGCCUGUCACGGUGAAUGCCAGCCCCGUCCAUGCCAGCUCCGCUCCCACUGUAGCCUCCCCCGUCCACGGGAUGACAUCAUUCGCCUGUGUGUCUCAGGCUGUCAGCCCGGUCGGAGUUAGCACUGGCCCGGAGAACUCGGAGCCCGUAUGGCGCCCUUGGUAGACUGAAGCAGGGGAUAUAGACACUACGAUGAAAUGCAAAUGUUCAUUUAAUUCAAAAGUUCCGUUUUAUGGAACGUUGUUUCCUUUGUUGGACAUGGCAAAAGUUUUUUUUUCUUCUUUUUUUUCGUAUUUAUUGGCUGAUUCCAAAAUUUGGAUGUGGUGAUAAAUAUGGUGUUCAUGCAAUGGAAGUUUAUGAAUUAUUUGGGAUGAAGUACUUUUUAUGGAAAUAUUUAGUUUUGUACAGAUUUGUUAUUGAUUGUUAUACCAAAGCUGAGUGUUUUAUAUUGUUUGUCGUUUGAAAUUGAAGUUGGGCAAUGGCCCGUUGUUCCAAUAAAUCAGUUGCUCAAGUUCAAUUUA